AUGUCUCGCCAUCUCGGCUACCGCCAUCUCCCCCAGCAGGCCGUCCUCGAAGACAGGCUGCCGUACCUACUCGGGCUGGACAAGCACGCAGAGGAGCAAGAGGUCACGAAUCUCCUAAGACGACAUGGGUUCAACAACUGUACCUUCUACUGGGAUGGCUUGAAUCCUCUUUUCCAGUUAUCAACUAAGCACAUGGGAUACUGCAUCGUCGAGUUUCCUGACAGUCCCACGCGGGAUCGCGCCAUGAUUCGACUCCAGGGCGUCGAGUUCAGGUCGAAGCGAGUUGUCACACGCCUGCCUCGAAGAGAUGAUAAAAAGGAGCAACAUGACCCAUCCUCUUCCUCAGCGAUGCCCGCCGCACCGGCGACCUCUAUCCCCUCUGCCAACACUGCGAAGACUGAGGGUCAACACCCUAAGGCCUACACCUGUGACGAGGGACGAAGCGCAAAGUCGAUCAGAAAUGCCGUCAUCGAGAGGCUCAAGCAGCUUGAAGAGGAGUCGAAGGCUCAGGGUCGCCCCAUAUCUUUUCUUGCGAAAGAUGAGGAUGGUGUCGAACGCAUCCGCUCAGCAAGGACUUCUUCGCCCGCCCCAUUUGACGCCAAUGUCCGGCCCAAGACGUGUAUUGAAGCCACAAGGGUUCAAGCCGGGAAGAGGGAGGUUCAAAAGAUGACUGCGGAAGAGAUUCCCCGUUACGAGGCCUUUGACUGGAAGGAAUGGCUCAAGACAGCACCACCUAUAGAGAGAGACAUUGAUAAGGAAUUGCUUCUGUUCAAUGCGCUCAAGGAGGCACGGCUCCGUCGCCGAGCCAGGUGA